AAAAAGGGGUUAUGUUUGACUAAGAUAAAUUUAAGUUGCAAAUAAUUUAAAAUUUCCUUAUGAUUCUGUGAUAAAUGCCAUGCAAAUUUAGCCACUGUUUAACUGAAAACCAUAGUUAUAAUGUUAAGUGUAUUCUAACGUGGAUGUAGUAGCAAUGACGUUCUAUUUUAAGACUAAACUAUUUGCGAUGGAUUGUGGCCAAAGGUUAAAUUUUGAUUGAGUUUAGGUAUGAAUUAGUAACAGUACAUUUGGUUUAGGCCGAACCUGCCCUUCUUGUGUCUUGUAAUGGAUGAAUUAAAGCUAAGAGCAGGAGAAAAAAUAGAGGCAUUCCAAGAAGCAGCCAUUGUCGCAGCCAACAGUAGCAAAAGUAGAUUUUAUAAUAUACUUGAACAAACUGGUGAUGCCAUUGGAAGGCUCCGCCAGGCCUUCCAAGAGUUGUGGAACAAUGACUUGGUGACAGAGGGCAGGGCUCGAGCUGCGGCAUGGGCGCGGGAAGCGACGCGGCGCAUUCAAGAGGGGGCUCCGCCUCUCUCACCUAUGUUAUUAUACGAGGAACUCGUCACGCUCCUAAAAGACCAUGUGUGGAGACGCAGCAUGAUCAUUUUCCUGUGCGGCGUGGCGUUCGGCGGCAGUGCCGGUCUGGUGAUAGGGUUCCGAGUUGGCACCAGGGCGCCGAGUGGGCCGCACGCUCGCGCUUUGCACACACAGAUAGACCAGACCGUCAUACUUGUUGAAGAUGCUGUAUCCCCUGGAGCGGGUAUAGGCGAGGUUCUUAUCCGAGUGCAAGCAUUCAGCGUGUCGAGUGCAGAUCGAGGGGUGCUACGCGGACGAGCGUCUGCCCUACGCUCUCUGGUAACCAAUUCACCAGUUACAGUGGGUAGAGGAUUUGCUGGAGUGGUUUUAGACGUAGGCCCCGGUGUGAGUGAUCUGGAAAUGGGGGAUGAGGUCUGGGGUUGCGUGAGUGAAUGGAGUGGGGGUGCGGCGAAUGAGCUACUUGCGAUUAGAAGUACGCGAGUGAGUAAGCGGCCGCGCCAUCUAGCGGCAGACACUGCCGCAUCGCUCCCUUGGGCGGGGACACUAGCAUUAGCUGCCAUACAAAAAAUACGAUACAAUUUAAAUAACUGCAAAGGAAAACGUGUGUGCGUGAUCGGUGCGGGUAGCGGGGAGGGCUGCGCACUGGUACAGUUGCUGAGCUAUUGGGGUGGCAGGAUCACGGUCGCGGCGCCGAAGAAAGUACACCAUUCACUCAAAAACUUGGGUGCCCACGAAUUUAUCGACACGGAAGGAAACAACGAACUUGUGGCGCCAUCUUGGCUCAUUCUGGAACAGUAUGCAAGUCGCGCCGGUCCAUGGGACUGCGCGCUCUGUUGCUCCGGUGCGGGUUCUCCACCGUUCCCUCUGCCGGGACCUAACACGCUUCUCAAAGCUACAGCACCUCGAAAAGCAAUGGUGGAGUUGCGACCACAGACCCUCGUCACAGACCGCCUUCCAACGCCCUUCUGGAUCCUAUUCACUGCUUCCUUCUACACGAUAAGGAUUUGUAGGUGGCUGCUAGGAUGUGGUACUCACACAGACUGGCUGGAAGACAGAAAUCAUCUCCAUCCAGGUCUGGAAACUCUACGACAGUUGGUGGAAUCUGGUCAACUGUCGCCAGUGCUAGACAAAGUCUUCCUCCCACAAGACUUCGAGUCGGCACUCGCGCACGCAUGCAGCGACGAGGCUAUCGGCACCACAGUCAUCAGAUUCCCUUAACAAAUGUAUAGAAUUUUUUUUUAAACAUUAUAGAUAGUGGAGAAAUCGAAAUCGCUCAAAACUUGAAUGGUAUGAGAAAUAACAAACUAACAGCACACUAAUCGUCAUAACAGUUACGCAUUGUUAUGUCAAAAGCACCUUUCAAAUAUCAAAAGUUUUUGUAAAUGAGGCCCAAAAUGAUUUUAUUUCUAUAUGAAUACCGAAUAUUUUGGAAAAAAAUGUGAGCAUCGUACCGCCAUAAUUAUCUGAGUGUCCCGGAGCCUGAGUCCGCUAUUGCAAUUCUGUCACAGUAAAAACAAUAGAAAAAGCACUUUUUUUUUCUAUCAUUUAUUAUUUUUCUUUUUUUUUUUAAUUUAUUAACAAUGUUUAAAAAUAAAUUAAAAAACACUAUUAAAAAUUUAUAAAAAAAAACUUCCACCCUCUGCUUGCGGGACUUUUGAUUGCCCAAGCAACCGGUGGUCAGGGCUCCAGAGUGAGGAACCACCUCACAAUACGCGCUGUUUCAAGGACUACUGCCUUCUGUAUCCGACCCUUGAUCCAACAACCCAGCGAAAGCUUCUUAAGAUGUUGGUCGAAGCUGGGAAAAGCACAUUUAUUAUUAAUAAAAUAUUAUAUGCAACAAAUAGUCAAUGAAGUUUCUUCUUAAAUAAUUUACUGUGAAAAACAAGCGAAAUUAAACAUAACUGAUACCUACCAAGAUACAGACUUACAGGUAGUGUGGGUAGCAACUGAAAUCCGGAUUGAGCUGGAUUUGUUGUCAAACAGUUUAAUAUUAAUAAACGUUUUGUUUUUAUAGCCACAUAAUUAUUGUAAUUGCAGACUUAGGCCCAGGGUCAUAUAUGUUUAAUCAGUCUGUCUUGCUCGCACUUAUUAUAGCCCGUGUAUUGUAAGAGCGAGAGAUUUACUGACGUUCAUGAUAGACGACGGGUGCAAUUUAAAUUUAUUUUCAAUGUUAUUCUUUUUGUGAAUAAUAUAUUUCGAUAAAACUAACUAUGUGGCUUAUCCUGCCGUACGAAGAGACCAAGGUUUCUAUUCUAUUAUUACAGCGCUAAAUCUAGUCCGAUUCAGCAAGGAACAUUUUACAAUAGUAAAAUGAUGCCAAUUCUGUUCUAAAAAAUCUCUAAACUUAACUAAAUUGACAGGUCUAGAAAAAAAAUUGUCCUCUUCUUAUUGUUUCCGGGGGCAAAGGAUAUAAAUUACUAAUUUUACCUUUAUUUAUUAUAAAUCGGACAAUUUAGUUUAGCUGAGAUUUGUGUACAACAAAAUAUACACUAUUUAGUGCUGUAAUUUUAGUUUAGAGUUUGUACAAUAGAAUAAUUUAAUUCAACUUAAGAGAUUUUACACUGUUCUGUAUUCUACUGUAAAAGUCAGAUAUUAGUAGAAAUUACCGAAUAAUACGUUAAUUUCCAAUUUCCGGUUGUAAAAAUCCAAUGGAGGGAAAAUUGGCGGUGCCAUCUUCAUCUCUAAAGUCAAUUAAAACUUAUGUAACAAUGUCACCCUCAGUAGUAGUUGGUUUUUUUUUCAAUAACAAUAGCAAUAAUUAAAACAGAUUAUUUAUGAAAGAUUUUUUUGAUAAAGCCUACUUUAACGGAUUGCCAUUGUUUAACUGCUACUAAUGCCAAAAUACUUAAUUAUAAGCAAGUCCGGUAAAACAAGAUUUCGUCUUCUUUUCCCAAGCCAGAUCAAGUCUUAUCGACUUUUAUCUCAGUAUAUAUACCUACAAGUCUAAUGUUAGCUAGUUUUUUUGUUCUGUUAUUUUUAGUUCAGUGUCAUAUUCUUGGUCAUCAUGAUUUCAUCACUAUGAUUAUAAAAACCAUUUUCUAGGAAUUUUAUUUUUUUUAUACAGUAAACAAAGACAGGUGUACAAUACAAAGAUAAGAAAGACAAUCAAAAGGCAAACAUUUUAGAUUUAAUUUAAGUUAGUUUCUAGUUAUUUAAACCCAAAUAAACUCUACAUAAGUGUAACUUUAUGCCUUGUAACAGAACAAUAAAAUAAGCAUAAAUUAUAACAAGGUUCCUGUACGAAAUAUACUUAAUAUUUAUACAAAUACUGUAGGUAAAUACAUUGUCAGUUUCGUCGUCAUUUAUAAAAAUACAGAAAUAAUUAAUAAUUAUAGAAGGAAAUGAAACUUAUAAACAAUAAUUGAAGACUGUACAAAAACUUAUUGUUCUAAAAAUUAGUUUUGUAAAUAAAGAUGUUUGAACCUGAAUAGGUGCUAUUUAACAGUAAAACAUUAUUUUUGCUCAGCUAACUGCAUUAAACUUUUCAUAUUUAGUAAUAAGUAAAAACCUAAAGUCACAAAACUAUAAAAAGAUAUUCUCCACUAACGUCAUUGUACUAAAAACAUUCGGACAAUUUAUGCUUAAGACCGAACUUGAAUACAGGACCACGGUAAACGUGUAGGCCCAUUUUUACUCCGUUUUAGUAAAAAUUACCUUAAGGUAUUGGUGUAUAUUUUAUAUAUAUUUUUAAGUGUAUGUUGCAACCUACAAACAGAAGCUUUAAUAGAUAUAUAAAACUUAUUAACACAAAUUGUACUGAUCGUGAAUAAUAAUAUAUUCACUUAACUGCGUCCAAUUUUAUUUAUUAUCUAACUAUGUACCUACUCUUUAAAUAAACAAACGAAAGCGACACUUGAAACUUAGGAUAAAAACAUUCUUAUCGAUAAAUUUUCAAGUUGGCCUUUUAUGUAUCGUUAAAGAUUUUUAUAUAAUGAUAUUCUACUGGGAUUAAUGCAAUUAAUUGAGCAAAACAUUUUUUUUUAUGUAUACCAUAUAUUUAGUAAUAAACAAAGUUUUGAUAAAUUUUUAAUAUUACGUGCUUUAACGUCUUGGUUUUAAGAAUAUUCCUAUGCCCCCUAAUAAAAAACUUAAGCCAUCCAUAAACUACAUACUGAAAUAUAUGUAAAUAAAAAUUUUCCAA